GCCGCCAUCUUUGGCCGUAGCUCGGGCCCAAUAAGCGGCUGCGCGGUGGCAGGAGGCGGGGCAGUGGCAGCCUCGGCCAGGCCUGGCGCUCAGCUUAGUCGAGGUCAUGGAGGUCCCCGCCUGUCGCUUUCUGCUGCUCCUGCUGCUCGGUGCUUGGGCCCCGGCGCCAGGCAGCGCUUCCUCAGAGGCCCCGCCGCUAGUGAACGAGGAUGUGAAACGCACGGUGGAUCUAAGCAGCCACCUGGCCAAGGUUACGGCCGAAGUGGUCCUCGCACACGCGGGUGGCGGCUCCACAUCGCGGGCCACCUCCUUUCUCCUGGCCCUGGAGCCCGAGCUCGAGUCCAGGCUGGCGCACCUGGGUGUGCAGGUGAAGGGAGAAGAGGAGGAAGAGAACAAUCUGGAAGUACGAGAAACCAAAGUGAAGGGUCAAAGUGGGAGGUUCUUCACCGUCAAGCUCCCUGUUGCUCUUGAUCCUGGGGCCAAGAUUUCAGUGAUCGUGGAAACAGUCUACACCCAUGUGCUGCAGCCGUAUCCAACCCAGAUAACCCAGUCAGAGAAGCAGUUCGUGGUGUUUGAGGGCAACCAUUACUUCUACUCCCCCUACCCUACCAAGACCCAGAGUACGCGUGUGAAGCUGGCCUCGCGCAACGUGGAGAGCUACACCAAGCUGGGAAACCCCACGCGCACCGAGGACCUCCUGGACUACGGGCCUUUCAGAGAUGUCCCUGCCUACAGCCAGGAUACUUUCAAAGUGCACUACGAGAACAACAGCCCCUUCCUGACCAUCACCAGCAUGACGCGUGUCAUCGAGGUCUCGCACUGGGGCAACAUCGCCGUGGAGGAGAACGUAGACCUGAAGCACACGGGGGCUGUGCUGAAGGGGCCUUUCUCGCGCUACGACUACCAGAGGCAGCCAGACAGCGGGAUCUCCUCCAUCCGCUCCUUCAAGACCAUCCUCCCUGCGGCCGCCCAGGAUGUCUAUUACCGGGAUGAGAUCGGCAACGUCUCCACCAGCCACCUCCUGAUCUUGGAUGACUCCGUGGAGAUGGAGAUCCGGCCCCGCUUCCCCCUGUUCGGCGGGUGGAAGACACACUACAUCGUAGGCUACAACCUGCCCAGCUACGAGUACCUCUACAAUCUGGGUGACCAGUACGCACUGAAGAUGCGGUUUGUGGACCACGUGUUUGAUGAGCAAGUGAUUGAUUCCCUGACGGUGAAGAUCAUCCUGCCUGAAGGCGCCAAGAACAUCCAGGUCAACAGCCCCUAUGAGAUCACGCGGGCCCCAGAUGAGCUGCAUUACACCUACCUGGACACCUUCGGCCGCCCGGUGAUAGUGGCCUACAAGAGGAACCUGGUGGAGCAGCACAUCCAGGACAUCGUGGUGCACUACACCUUCAACAAGGUGCUCAUGCUGCAGGAGCCCCUGCUGGUGGUGGCCGCCUUCUACAUCCUCUUCUUCACCGUCAUCAUCUAUGUGCGCCUGGACUUCUCCAUCACCAAGGAUCCAGCUGCGGAGGCCAGGAUGAAGGUGGCCUGCAUCACCGAGCAGGUCUUGACCCUGGUCAAUAAGAGGAUAGGCCUCUACCGCCACUUCGACGAGACCAUAAAUCGGUACAAGCAGUCCCGGGACAUGUCCACCCUCAACAGUGGCAAGAAGAGCCUGGAGACGGAGCACAAAGCCCUGACCGGCGAGAUUGCGCUGCUGCAGUCCAGGCUGAAGACCGAAGGCUCCGACCUGUGCGACAGAGUGAGCGAGAUGCAGAAGCUGGACGCGCAGGUGAAGGAGCUGGUGCUGAAGGCGGCGGUGGAGGCCGAGCGGCUGGUGGCCGGCAAGCUAAAGAAGGACACAUACCUGGAGAACGAGAAGCUGAUCUCGGCCAAGCGCCAGGAACUGGUCACCAAGAUCGACCACAUCCUCGAUGCCUUGUAACUGGCGGGGCACAUGGCGCGGGCCCGUGGGGAGUUGAGCACUGAGGCGCAGGGGCUGCGUGUGUGAGAUUUGCAAAACCGGAGGAGCCGGCCCUGCCCCGUGGGGAGGCGCGAAGCUGGCUCCUCCCUCUGCCCUGAGUCUUUCUUUUUUUAAAAGUCUUUAUCCCAUUAAAACCCAAACCUUUUUGCGUUCUGAACAAAGACUUUCGAUUGGCACUGUUCUGUUCCGGUGCUUGGGUGUGUUUUCAGUGGAAGCCCCUGCCUUUCUACCUUUUGAUUCCUGAUGUUUGGUUCUCUGGUGAGGAUGUGUUUUUUUAAAACCGUGUAUGACUAAGUGGAAAUAAAGCAGAGACUGUGAACUUC